AUGAGAUGGACAUCCAGAGUCUCGGCCGCAGCCGCACUGCUGCUUGCUACUGCAGUCUCAGCCCAGACAUGGAGCAAAUGCAACCCUCUCCAGAACAGCAACUGCCCCAGCGACGAUGCCCUCGGCAUGAGCAUCGACAUCGACUUCUCCAAAGGCGAGGUAAACUCCUUCGCAGCCUCCGGAUCGCCUAAAUACGACAGCGAGGGCGUCUCCUUCACCGUCGCCCGCGCCAAUGACGCGCCGCAGCUUGCAUCCCUCUUCUACAUCAUGUUCGGCCGUGUCGAGAUUACGAUGAAGGCUGCUCCCGGAGCCGGUAUCGUAUCGUCGCUCGUUCUCCAGUCCGACGUGCUCGACGAGAUCGACAUUGAAUGGCUCGGCUCCGAUAAUGACGAGAUCCAGUCAAACUACUUCGGAAAGGGCCAGACGACCUCGUACAACCGCGGCGAGUUUCACGACGUGACAAAUACGCAGGGCGAGUGGAUUACAUAUACCAUCGACUGGACCAAGGACCGUAUCGUCUGGAUGGCUGGCGGCACUGUCGUUCGAACCCUCAACGCUGGCGACGCCGAGGAUAAUCAAUACCCUCAAACUCCGAUGCAAGUCAAGUUCGGCGCCUGGGCUGGUGGUGACCCCAAUACAAACUCCGCAGGCACCGUCAAAUGGGCCCGUGGACCAACAGACUACUCCAAAGGUCCCUUCACCAUGAAAGUCAAGAGUGUCGUUGUCACGGACUACUCAACUGGUGACGAGUACAAAUACAAGGACACAUCUGGCUCCUGGCAGUCAAUCGAAUCUGUCGGCGGUGAGAUCAACGGAAACGAAAACGGCGAUGCCAUGACCGUCACUGCUACCGCCCAAGGAACAGUCGCUACAGCAGAUGGAAACGUUCCUGUCGGAGGUAUCGCCGAGGACGGAAGUCCCGCUACAGCUACACAGACGGGAUGGCCCUGGACCGGCUCCCGACCUUCUGGCGGAGCUAUCCCUGAAGGCUGGAGGCUCAACGCCAAGGGAAAAAUCAUUCCCGCUGAGAACAGCGCCUUCGUUCUUCAGCCUUUACAUAACGGUAUUGCUGUUAUACCCUUCUUGGCCGGCAUUAUGGCAUUUGCUGGUCGUUUCUUCUAG